AUGCUCACCAGCGCCCGGCCGGCAAUCUCGUGCUGGUAUCCCCGUUGCUCCGGCGCAGCUCGCACCUCACGCCACAGACUCAUGUCCAGCGCUAGCCCAAACUUCUCGGCCGGCUCUGAUGUCGCGGCCCUGACCUCUUCCCUCGAGCCCUUGAUUUCGCGGCCCGGGGGCAAGUGGACUCUGGCACGUGGCGGAGAGGCCCUCGAGAGGUCGUUCAAGUUCAAAACAUUCGGCAAGACAUGGGACUUCAUGACUGCAGUAUCCCUUCAGUGUAAGCUCAAGAACCACCACCCCGAGUGGUCAAACGUUUACAACACAACAUUUAUUCGCUGGACGACACAUAGCCCCAAAGGGCUCUCCGAAAAGGACAUAUCCCUGGCCGCCAUCUGUGAUGACUUAGCAAAGGCAUUUGGUGAGCUCCCCUCUGCGGACGAUGCAGCGUCAUGUUCUACUCCCCAGUCGGACAACGUGCUCGACCGUGUUGUGAGCUCAGCUGGGGAUUGCUGUGCUCCAAAGAAGUAA